AUGAUAAAAAUUUUUUGGGUGGAUGCAAGAUCGAGAUUGGCUUAUAAGGUUUUUGGAGAUGUUGUUACAUUUGAUACAACAUAUAAAACCAACAAGUACCUCAUGCCAUUUGCUCCUAUUGUUGGGUUGAAUCAUCAUUUUCAAUCUAUCUUAUUUGGAUGUGCUUUGUUGCAAGAUGAGACGGAGAAGUCUUUUGAAUGGUUAUUUCAAACAUGGCUAAAGGCAAUGAAUGGAAAAAGUCUUGUGUCGAUAAUAACCGAUCAAGAUUUGUCAAUGAAAAAUGCAAUAGCCAAUGUGUUUCCAAAUACUCGUCACCGAUUAUGCUUGUGGCACAUCCGCAGAAAAUUUGCCGAAAAGCUUUCACAUAUAUACCAUAAAAAAUCACCUUUCAAGAAGGAAUUGAAAUCGUGCAUUCAUGAUUCACCAUCCAUUAAAGAUUUUGAAGAGAAUUGGGAGCGUAUUUUAGUCGCCUAUGAUUUGAAGGCGAAUCAAUGGCUUCAAGGUUUGUAUAAAAUAAGAGAGUCAUGGGUACCUAUUUAUAACAGAAGUACUUUUUUUGCUGGGAUGAACACUACACAAAGAAGUGAGAGCAUUAAUGCUUUUUUUGAUUCGUUUGUUAAUUCGUCAACUAUACUACAAGGUUUUGUAGUGAAAUUUGACAAGGCAGUGGAUAGCUGUUAUGAAAAACAGAAACGAGAAGAUUUUGAAUCAAGGCACCGAUCACGUCUCUCAAGUAUUAAGUCAAAAAUUGAGGAGCAUGCAGCGUCGAUUUAUACAAGAACCAUGUUUGGAAAGUUUCAUGAUGAGCUCGCACAGAUUCUUCAAUUCAAAAAGGAGAAAAUUGAAAAAAAUGGAUCUCAAUAUACAUACAAAGUAUCCAGCUGUUAUGACUCUCGAGACACAUUCAUUGUCCAUGUGGAUCUUGACACAAAGGCUGCAAAGUGUUGUUGUCAACUUUUUGAGUUUAUGGGAAUAUUAUGCAGACAUAUCUUGGUGAUUUUCCAAGCCAAAAAUGUUGUCGGCAUUCCAAGUAAUUAUAUUUUAAAGCGUUGCACAAAAGAUGCUAUCAAGGGUUCUGAAUUUGAUGAAUAUGGGCGGGAAAAUUCCUUUGAGAACAACAGUUCAGCAACUCUACGAAGUAUACAUGUCCAUACUCAAGCCAAUCUAUUAUCUGAUCUUGCAGCAAAAUCGCCGAUUUUACACGAAUUGAUAUCAGAUGGAAUGAAGCAACUGUAUGAAAGAGCUUUAGAACGAAAAAAUGAAAUGCGCAUUGAAGAUGACAUAACUCCUCUAGAGCCAAGUUCUAAAAAUUUGAUGAAUGAGCCAUUGAACGUAUCUGUUGAAUUAGAUAUUAAAGAUCCACGUGGUUCACAAACUAAAGGAAGAAAAAAGGAUGUAACAAGAGAGACUCAACAUGGAAGAAUCAAAAGUAGUAUUGAACUAUCAAUAACUCGAUCACAAGCCAAGAGGAGAAGUUGCCAAUUAUGUGGAGAGCAUGGCCACAAUCGGCGUAGUUGCAAACAAAAGACUAGUGACGAUUCUAUUGAUUGA